AAGAUUCUCCCUCCACUCCAAAGAAAGGCAUCCAAAGCCCUUGAAUUCAGUAGUGCUAGUACGUAGUCUGUCUAGCUACUUAGAGCUCCUGCAAUGGCUGCUUCCAAAAAGCUCUCCGCAACCAUUCUGGUCAUCUCUCUCCUUUUCCAGUACGCCACAUUCUCUAGCGCUUGUGGCACAUGCAUGCCAAAUCUGGCACCUCCGCCUCCUGGUCCAGAAAAAUGUCCCAUGGACUCGUUGAAGCUUGGAGCUUGCGUCGGCCUUCUCGGACUUGUUAACCUUCCGAUUGGAGCCCCUAUUUCGAGCAAGUGUUGCUCGUUGCUUGCGGGAUUGGUCGAUCUAGAAGCUGCUGUAUGUCUUUGCACUGCCAUCAAGGCCAAUGUGCUUGGAAUUAACUUGAACGUGCCCCUUACGCUUAGUUUGCUUGUUAGUGCUUGCCAAAAGUCAGUUCCUCCUGGCUUCGUAUGUGCAUAGGGAAUGCAUGCAUGCAUGCAUUAACGAGGGCAAAGCUCGUUAGCUCUAUGGCAAGUUAGCUUAAUUUUAAGGUACUGUGUCUAGUUGUUUUUCUCAUUUAAUGGCUGGGGUUUGUAGCUAGACAGAUUACUGCUUUGGUUUGUUAAUUUUCGCUCUUAAUUUCCAUUUGUUUCAUGUGGGACUGAUAUUGUGAUUUGUUCAAAUAACCAGGCAGGUCAGCAAGUUAGCUGAUUGCUUUGCCUGAAUUAUGAUCAAUGUUUAUCAGAAAUUCGUGUCUUUUUUUUCAUGAUAUAUAGUUCAUUUGCGUCUAUGUUGUUUGUAAUGUUGUUAGUAAUUUGUUUGUUUUCAUGAUAGUUAAAAAAUAAAGUUGCGAUUUUUGCAAGCUAA